AGCAGUUUUUUUUGUUUGGUUUGUGAGGAAAAGAGAGUGAUGGAUGGGGGGCAGGGGUGUUGGGCAAGGCCUAGAUUGAACACCCCGACUGGUAAUAUAUGCGGCCCUAUUGUGGUGAAUCAAUGCACCGUGCAAUAAUGGGGGCUAAGGAGGGCAAGGCUGUAGGGGAGCUAUGACGAGAUGUCUUCUGCUUCAUGGUGUGUGCCCCCCUCACUAAGAAACACACCCAGGACCAUGCAGUGUCAACUAGAAGAAACAAACUGCUUCUUCCAUUGAUAUCUUGGUUGUUAUUUUCGUUACUAAGAAGCUUGCCAGGCACAAGAGACCAAGGACAAACAAAUGUGAAGACUCAAUAUUUUUGUUGCAUUUUGUGGGACAGGAAUGCAGUGAUACUGGGCUUCUUCUGCUGACAUGCUGCGGUAAAGGUUUACGUUGUUAUAUGAACGUACGUGUGUUGCGUUUCUCUCACUCUGAGAGCUGUAAAAUGUAAAUUCUGUGGUCUUGUGAUCUGCACGGAUGAACUGAGAUAGGAUGUGACCUAGUGACUCCAUCUCCAAGACAUGAUGUCACAGGACAGAGGAAGAAUUUGGCAAGGGAGUGGGAAGCAUAAGCACCGGUUAAUCCUUGCUUAUCUUCUCCUCCUGGCUUCACCGUGCAUGGGCUUCCUCCCAAACUUUUGGUCUCGAGUGUUAACGUUGUCCUGGGGCUCGCGCACACACCAGUGUAUCACAGAGCAAUCUAUUCUCAAUGUCACCCUGGAGACUCUGAGGGGCACUAAUAAACACCACAGAAACCAUGCAAGGGAACAGACUAGACUGGGACGUUGCUUCUGGAGAGCGGUGGGAGAGGUGGUGAAGUCCAAUGUGGCCAUGGAUUUCCUGAGCUCCACCAGGUCCAAUCCCAUCUAUCACUUUGAUUCAGAGCGCAUUGACAGCUCCAUGGUCAUGUUACGGCAGUUCUGGGUUCAGACUCUGCUCUCAAUACGAGCCAAAGAGUACCAAAGUGCUCGUCACAGCUUGGGUCAGCUAUUUCACUCCCUGCAGGAUUUCUACAGCCACAGUAACUGGGUUGAGAUGGGCCAGCGCUUCAUUUACCUCCACCUGCUGCAUCCAGAGGAGCCUGCCAUCCCCGUGGCUAAAGAAGACACUCCUACCUGUAUGGAGUGCUUCAGUAUCACCUGUCGAGACAAUCUCCUACCAAGACUGACAAACACACAGCAAGACUCCACGUUACUCACCACUGGCUACUUCAGCACUUUCCCUCCAAAACCUCAAGGCAAGUGUAGUCAUGGAGGUAUUCUGGACAGUAGCCGCUAUAUGGGGGCCAAAGGAGGCAUCAAUAAGGACAGCACCUCACCUCUCUUCUCCCCUCACCAUUACCUGCAUGUGGAAGCAGCCACUUUGGCUACUGAGGCCACCCUGAGUGUACUAAGAGAUCUCAGAGACACUGUGGGCCAUAAAACCUUCCUCAGGCUCUUUAGUGUGAAGCAGGCCCCUGCAUUGGUGUUUGUCAUGGACACGACAGGCAGCAUGUUUGAGGAGAUUUCUGCUGCUCGCUUUCGUGCCCACUCCAUCAUCCAGAGCCGAGCCAACAGCCCUGGGCAGCCUGGCACAUUUCUACUUGUGCCCUUCCAUGACCCAGAGGUAGGACCAGUGCAGGAGACCGAUGAUCCAAACCAGUUCAUGCAGUUCUUGGAGAACCUGAUGGCACUGGGUGGAGGAGACGAACCAGAGAUGUGCCUGUCUGCAGUACAGCUGGCACUCACUCACAGUCCACCACUGUCAGAGAUCUUUGUAUUCACUGAUGCUUCCCCUAAAGACAUCCACUUGUUUGAUGCAGUGAAGGCCCUUGCACUCGAGAAACAGAGCAAGGUGACAUUUCUUCUAACUGAAGACCCCAACUAUACAACAAAGAACAAAUGGGGGAGGAGAAAGAGGAGGAGGGAGACUUUGUCGCCUGAUCGUUUCUCUCUCUACUCGUCCCUGUCCUCCCUGUCAGGGGGACUGACAAUAUUCACGACCAACUCUGACAUCCUUGAUGUCUCUAGCAUAGUGGAGGAUAACACAGCUACAGACAAGGUGACACUCCUCCAUGUGGAAAGUGACCAAGAAUUAAUGUCGUCCCAUUCCUUCAGAGUUGACAGCUCAGUAAAAAAUGUCACAUUACACGUCACUGGCAUCCUGAUAGAGUGUAUAAUUACUAGUCCAUCAGACCUAAGCCAGUCUCUCCUGAGUCAGCAAGGCCCUCUGGCAGAGUUAAAGUCCUUCAAGGGUCUGUACCGCAUCAGCCUGCUCUCUCCUAUACAGCCAGGCCAAUGGAAACUCCAAGCCAAGAGUGACGGACACCUCACAUUCAAUGUAAUAGGUGACAGCAGUGUGGAUUUCCUGUAUUACUUUGCCACAGUAACCAAUGAGACACAUCCAGGUCUGGCCAGAAUGGAGGGUAGUCCAGUUGCAGGGGUCCCUGCCUUUCUGGUGCUGGCUGUGACAGGCCUGCCUCCAGAUGAGGAGGCGUCUUUUAGUCACGUGACGCUACUGGGAGCUGACGGGGAGAGCCUCCAGUGGGUGAAGCUGAACUCCUCCUCCUCCUCCUCCUACUCUAUGGAGGAGCUGGUGGGAUGGGUGGACUCUAUUCCCAGAGUCCCCUUCUGUGUUCGACUAACAGGCCAAGACAGCAGAGGAAACAAGCUGGAGAGGGUUUCCACAGAGAUGGUUCAACCCACUCACAUUCAGAUACAGGUGUUGUCUGUCCCCCGCCUGGUACCUGGUCACAGCACAACGGUAGACUUUGAAAUCCUGAAUUAUGGCCCGGCCCGACUCCUCAGUCUAACAGCUGAUGAUGACUGUGGAUAUCUUCAGAACAGGAGCCCAUACAGGUUCCAUGUUGCAGAACAAGGAUCUUUCCGUGGUCAGGUGGACCUCUACACUCCCGUCACAGCUCAGGAAGGGGUGACUGUCACCCUUACACUCACUGUGCGCGCUCUUGACUCUCCGGACUCAAAUUACGCAGUGGCCUACUUGACUGUGGUCCCACCGGAAUCUGACACGUCCCCACCAUCCUGCUCUGCUGCACUUGUACAAUCUACCUGUCGGUCCAUUUGCAAUGAGUCUCACUGGAGUGUAUCUCUGGUUGUGACAGACAGGGGGCGCUCCGGCCUUGCUACCCUCCAGCUACAGGAGGGUGAAGGCAUUCUGACUUUGUUCCACAGCCCCCCACCCACAGAGGACAGCUUAGUAGAACCCCAGCCCGACCCUGAGUGGCAACAAGCACACAGGGACCAGACAACCAGUGGAGGGCACCACCUUCAUGAAAAUGCCAGAUUAGAGAAAGGAGACCCCCCUUUGAAUGUAUCUGAAUGGGUACUAGACACAUCUCAGCCACUGUGGGUGAGGUACGCAUCCAGCUGCUGCUCUGCUCAGGCAGAGCUGUUGGUGUGGGACAAAGCUGGAAAUAUGAAGCGCUGCCAACUAACAUCUGGCAAGCAAAGGCAGCUACAAGACAGGAGUACAGAAACCAGUGACGUGGGACGUAUUAAACUCACAGAUGUCUUUUUCUUGGUGUUGUGUCUGCUGUGGUCUUCUCUGCUUUAGGUCGAUGUGAUUACAACAAUUUUUUGCAGGUCAAACUAAUGUAUGUGUUGAUCACUGGAUCCCAGCAGCCCUCACAAAGAGCUACACAGAAAAAGAUUGAAGUUUAAAGUCUUUUAUUAAAGUUUAUUUUGGAAGCCACAGAGAAGGAGACUGAAA